AUGCACGACCCUAUGAGCCAGCUUGGGCACGGGCUUCCAGGUGGACUGGGAGACCCCGUCUCACAGUUGAAACAUCAUCUCCAUGAUGCCGUGCAAAAAUACUCACAGGACCAUGACGACCAGAGCAUGGAUGAGGGCGAUCAACAGGAGAAGCUCCAUCAGCACGCACAGGUCAUCGUGUCCAUCACCGAGCAGAUCCUCGUGUAUGAGCCCAAUGACCCAGAUGUCUGUGACCUUCACAGCUGGUUCUCGCAAUGUGCAAAAGGGAAGUUUCGGGGCCACCCUGAACUACCUCCCGACAACCACAAAGUCAAGCACCCGAGAGACGACGAUGAGCCGGAUUCCGACGACGAAGAUCCGGCCAUGGACGACCCGAGCAGCUACGAGGAUAUGGACCCGAGCAGCCACCAUGAUAUGCCUGACCACAAAGACCCGAGCAGCCAUCACCACUCGAACGACCACGACGACCCAAGUGCGGGUGAGGAUCAGGGCUGCUGUGAUGAUGACAACGACCAGGUUGAUGGCGAUGACCAGUACGAUGAGGAUGAUUAUGGACAGUACGACCACCACAACCAUCGCAAUCAUCACAACCACCACCACGGUCAUCAAGACUACAGCGAACACCACGUCGAUGACGGCCAUGAUCAACAACAAGGCGAGGAAGAGCACUACGGAGACGGAGACGGUGACGACUAUGACGAUGGCGAGAACUAUGACGACGACGAUGGAAUGCAACAUGAAGACGACGACCACCACCAGGGUCACGAACACCACGGAGGUCACGGAGGUGGUCACUGGUGA